UCUCGGGUAGAUGGAACUAAGAGAGGGAACAAACAGCAGUAAUGCACUUGCUGUGGAGAACAGAAAAAAAACAACAUUCCAAGAAAUUUUGUUAAUACAUGCCAAUGCAGUUUUAUAUGAGAAGGGAUAGUUGCAUUCAAGAGAAACUGCAUUUACCGGGACAUCUACAGUGAAGAAAACAUCUCAGACCUCACAACCAGCAACGGCCACAGCUUGGCUACGAAGCUCCCAGUUACUCAUUUCCACAAGAGAAAAGGCAGACAAAAGGUGACAGAAGAUAACCAUCAUGGCAUCAGCAAGCCUGCAGUUCUUUGCUUUUAUUCUGGCUUUGUUUGGCGUUUUUGGAGAUAUCGCAGCCACCUUGCUACCAAACUGGAAGGUAAAUGCAGACGUUGGCUCAAAUAUCAUAACAGCUAUAACACAGAUGCAAGGACUUUGGAUGGACUGCACAUGGUACAGCACUGGGAUGUUCAGCUGUACCCUGAAAUACUCCAUUCUCUCUCUCCCCGUCUACAUCCAAGUUGCACGGACCACUAUGGUACUGUCGUGUAUCCUAUCAGCCUUUGGGAUCUGCAUCACUACAGUCGGAAUGAAAUGCACAAGGCUGGGAGGGGACACUGACAGCAAAAAUAAUGCUUGUUUUGCUGGAGGAAUCUGCUUCAUUCUUGCAGGAAUCUUUGGAUUAGUACCAACGUGCUGGUACACGAGAGAAAUUAUUUCAAAUUUCCUGGACCAGACCAUUCCAGAGAGUAGUAAACAUGAACCGGGAGGAGCAGUUUAUACUGGAUUCAUCUCAGCAGGGUUUCUGCUUAUCACAGGUGUGAUCUUCUGCUCUUCCUGUUUUAAAAAGCAGCAAGGAGCGUGGAUUUACCCUCCGAAGCAGCAUCAUUUCCCAUCCACAGAGCAGGAGAGCAAUGCAGGUUACAGCCUGAAGGACUAUGUAUAAAUAGUUAUUUCUAUCCAUUGAAGUAAUUCUAUUCAUUCAAGGGGGGUUUUUGUGUGUUAAGUGUAGUUAGGCUAUUUCAAUGAAUGCGUAACAUAGCACUUAAUCUUUCCUGUAUCUGGGUUGCAGUUAUGCUUAUGCAAAGUAUUUCAUUUAUAGGGGCAUCCACAAAAAGGAAAGAGUAGGAAAAUAUACUUGUCUG